UAUAGUUGAAGAAUUUUAAUGGGCUAGAAGAAAAAAUACAACUUUAUAAGAAAAAAUUGGAAUAAUUUGGAAUUAGUAUAUUGAAAUAGAGUAUAGGAGGAGCGCCAAGCCACUGGAAGAAAGAACAGCCUUUUUCUUCAAUAAAUAAAUAAAAGUAGGCCUACACGCUUCAGCAAAGUUGGGGAGGAUUUCAGGAAAAUCAUGAGCCCGACAAUGUUGGCGACGUUUCUUCCUCUGCAAAAUGAGUGUGAACAGAUGGAAAGAAGGAGAGUUGUUUGUGAAAAUAUUUUCAAUCAAUUAUCCCCUCAUUCAAGAAAGUUGUUACUAGAAGAUGUUAGGAAGGAGAGCUCAAAAGUAAUGAGCUGUCAUGGCAAAAUGUCAAAAGAAUAGGCCAAAAACAUUUCUUUUUUGUUUUUCAAAGCAUAUAUACAGUGAAAACAUAUUAAAUAACUGUUUUUAAAAAUUUGUUUCUUUUUCCUUGUUUUCCUUUAGUGUAUUAUCAUUGUUUUUUAAGAUAAAAUGAUAUUAUUCUUCCUUCAAAAAACAUGUGUUUGUUAAAAGUGAUAUCAAAAUGUAUAUAAUAAUAGUAGACUUUACAUGUCCUUGGAUUAUGGUUCUUAAAGAUAGUUUUUCAAACGACCCUUGAAGCUUCAAGAUCCAAUGACUGAGAGCAAAUCUAUUUUUCCUUUAGAGGAGCGUUUUAAAAAGCCUGCAGCUUGGUGGAAGCAUCAAGCAGAAGUGUAGUAGGGAAAGCAAAGAAUGAGCCUAGGGGGCGGAGUACGUACUCAACAAGGCAACCCUGAAUUUGUUUCUUUGGAAACUCCAAAUGCUGAUUAUGCAAGUGAAAAGAAGAAGUCCUUGCGAGUUCGCUACAUAUACGGCAUUAUCUUCCUGAUGACAAAUCUCAUUGCUUGGUUUCUUCGAGAUUAUGGGCAAAGGAUUGUACCUCAGCUACAUUAUCUGAAAUCAUGUGGAGCAGGAGGACAGGAUUGUUUUCAUGCACUCGGAGUUCUUCGUGUGAGCUUAGGAUGUUUUAUAUUUUUCUUUCUGAUGUUUCUCUGUACAUCAAGAACAAGAAAAUUACAUGAACCUCGCAAUGUGUGGCAUUCUAAUUGGUGGAGCUUGAAGUUCAUUGUGUUUAUUGUUUCAAUGCUGGUUCCAUUCUUCUUCCCUCCAGCUCUUAUCCAAUUAUAUGGUGAAUUUGCGCGUGCCGGUGCAGGGAUAUUUCUCCUCCUCCAACUGGUUAGUGUUAUCCAGUUUAUCUCAUGGUGGAAUAAGUAUUGGAUGCCUGAUGAGAAGAUGAAGCAGAGCUGCUCCCUCGGAUUAUUCACAUCAACGAUUUUUUACAUAGCUUCCUUCUGUGGAAUUGGCUUAAUGUACUCCUUAUAUGUUCCAAAAGUGAGAUGUGUUCUCAAUAUAUUCUUCAUCUCUUGGACUUUGAUUCUGCUCAUUGUGAUGAUGGUUGUAUCUUUACAUUCGAAGGUUAAUAGAGGUCUGUUGUCAUCUGGUAUCAUGGCUUCAUAUGUUGUCUUCCUCUGCUGGUCUGCCAUUAGAAGCGAACCUGUGACCGAAAAAUGCAGUGCACGGAAAGAAGAGAGCGGGAAUAGCGACUGGAUUACAAUACUUAGUUUCUUAAUUGCAAUAUGUGCUGUUGUCAUGGCAACCUUCUCAACUGGUAUUGAUUCACAAUCAUUUCAGUUCCGAAAAGACAAGGUGAAAGAGGAAGAUGAUAUUCUUUACACGUAUGGGUUUUUCCAUCUCACAUUCUCUUUAGGGGCCAUGUAUUUUGCUAUGCUCUUCAUUAGCUGGAACCUCAACAACUCAGCCACAAAGUGGAGCAUGGAUGUAGGAUGGACAAGUACUUGGGUUAAGAUCUUUAAUGAAUGGUUUGCAGCCACAAUAUACUUGUGGACACUAAUUUCUCCAGUGGUGAGACAGGCAAAGAUCCAGGAUCAUGAAGGAGUUGUAGUGCAAGAAGCAAAUGAUUCAGCAAUUCCUUGAAAUCGAAUUUCUGGGCGUUUUUUUUUUUUUAAUAUUCUCAUUAUUUUUUGUCCAUCCUUUUUUCUUUUUGAAUUCCUGUAAUUUUCAUUCUUUUAAGAUGAUAAAUGGAAAAUGUCACAAGAUCCAACAGAUGCCUUUGAACUGUGAACAUAUAAGAAAGCCACGUUUUGAUGUAACUAGUUUAUGCAGGUCUCCCAUUUUAGAUGGAUAAUGCGGUCAUUUCCUUUUCUUUUCUUAUUUUUUAAUUACAAAUCCAAGUUGUUAGGUAAAUAAAUCAACAAACGUAAUUAUUCUUUUUUUUUUUUUUUUUUGGGCAAAAGUAUC